AUGUGUAAGAGGCAUCGACUAGUAUUGAAGCACAAUGAAAAACAACAUCGUCUCUGUUCAUAUGAAAUGAGCCAUGAGGUUGGUGAGCGAAUUCAAAUCAAAGGUGAAUUAUGUACUAUCCUAUUUAUUGGAGAGAUAGAAAAGUGGCCUUCUACAAUCUGCUAUGGAGUUGAAUGGGACAAUCCAGAUCGUGGAAAGCAUUCUGGAACAUUGGACGGUAAAGAAUAUUUCAAGACAUCUAUCCCCAAUUCUGGUUCAUUUAUUAAAGAAACUAAGAUUAAGAGAGACCUAACUCCAUCGUUAACUUUUUCUCAAGCAUUGCACCAUAAAUAUGGUUCGGUAUCCAGUGAAGAUGACAAUCUAUAUAUGGGUUCCAAGAAAAUCGAAAGUCUUGGUUUUGAAAAAUUGGAUAGCAGGAAUAAUAAUUUUAAGACAUUAGAAACUAUUUCAUUACCAAAUUGUGCAAUAACUGGAAGCAGCUCAGAUAAUACCGAUUUAGAUACAGUCCGAAAACUAUGCCCCACUAUUAAAAGGUUAGAUCUCUCAUACAAUCUAUAUGAUGAUAUUGAAUACGUUUGCAAGUUAAUUAAUUGCUUUCCACAAUUGGAAUCCUUAAACUUAUCAGGAAAUAGACUUUUAAAGGGAUGGGGAAAGAAAUAUUCCUUUUGCUUCAAAAGUGUGAAAAGUGUGUCGUUAGCUUCAUGUAAUCUCCACACCAAAAUCAUGAGCUCAGUAUUCACUAUAUUCCCGAAUAUCGAGUCUAUUGAUCUUAGCAGAAACAUGCUGCAGGAUAUUGAUACUGCGGAGUGGUCACCGCCUAUUACAUUGAAGGAGAUGAAUAUAUCUGAAAAUGAAAUAACUGCUCUUCCAACUAAUUUUUGUACAUGGAAUAUACAAAGGUUAGAUAUAUCAAGAAAUGAAAUUAGUGAACGUUUAACAAUUUCUUCUAAUUGCUUGAAAGCCUUAGAUAUAUCACAUAAUAUGAUUGAAAGCUAUGAAUUGUUCGAUUAUCUGAAUACUUCGCUACCUGCACUUCAAUCUCUGCGAGUUGAUGAUAAUCCCUUGUUUUCAUCCGAAGAAAAGACUGAAAAUGAACAACUGUAUGAAAUAUUAGCCAGAUUUGAAAACUUAACUGUAGUUAAUGGUUCAAUUUUUAAUGACGAUGAUCGGAAAGAGGCAGAACUCUAUUUUAUUUCGAAGAUUCUGAAAGGUAAAAUUCCAUACAACACCACUUUGCGGAGAUGGAUAUGUUUAACCCGGAAUUACAAAAUCCAAACCCAGCCAAAAACGACUUUUGAAGAUUCGGCUUGGAUUUUUCCAAAUAUCUUGACAAUCAAAAUAGAUACUGAAGGGAUCAAGAAUCCAAUCUCUCUAUCAGUUCUUCCUAAUUAUACAAUUAGGUAUUUGAAAGGGCUGAUUAAAAGAAAACUAAACUUAGGAAUCUGUAUUUUAAAACUUUAUUAUGCUAUUUCCUCUGAUCUUAGAGAAGAAAUUAUUACAGAUUUUAGCACUAUUGAUACUCUUGGUAUAAAAAGUGGUAAUACGAUCUAUAUGACAAUUUUAAAGAAUGAAAACAAAUAA